AUGCCAUGCUAUCGCUUCUACUUAAAUUCCAACCUGGUCAAAAAUGGUAGAGUUGCCUUACAAGGCGAUCAGUUACAUCAUAUGAAGAAUGUAAUGCGACUGAGAGUCGGAGAAACGGUAGAAAUUAUAAAUGGUAGAAAUCAAUUAGCACAGGCCAGGAUCGAUGCUUAUCAAGGCAAUCAAAUUGCUCACGUAAACAUUGAUCAAGUCUUGACGCAAUUAGUACUGGAUAAACCGAGAAUCAAUUUAAUUCAGCCACUUAUACGAAGUAAAGGCUUAGAUCUUGUCAUCGAGAAAUGUACUGAAUUAGGAGUAAGCCAUUUUUACCUCUACGCCAGUGAACUUGGUGAAAUUUCGCAAUUUAGCUCUGCACGUUGUAAGAAAUUAACUGAGAUUGCUAUAAGCGCUAUAAAGCAAUGUGGCCGCCUCGAUUUACCAACGUUGACAUUUGCUGAUCGUUUGCAUAAUUUAAAAUUACAAUCAAAUGUGCACCCAAUAUGUUUUGGUGAUACUAGGCACUUGGAUAAUGCUCAGGUUGGAUUUACGCCUCAAUCCACCCUAGCUCAAUGUAAAACUGUCUGCAUCGGACCUGAGAAAGGAUUUUCCGAUAAAGAAAUCAACUAUUUAGAAAAUCAACUUGGUGCUACUGGCAUCAAGAUAAGUCCUUUCAUCUUAAGAAGCGAAACUGCCUCUAUUACGCUGACGGCCUUGACAAGCUAUGCAAGCAUAUUGAAACAAUAA